GCCGUAGUCACAGAUUUACGGCAGUCCGCUACGCCGCCGCUGCUGCUUCUUGGUUCCUGAUGGGUUGGACCGACAUGGCAGCUGGCGUCGAACAGCGGGAGCUCCACAGCUCUGCUGUUUUCCAGGUUCUUUAUGCGUUCCUCUUUUAUGAAGUCAGACCUGUUUACACCUUUGCAACCGCUGCCAUUUUGGAAGAAAGUGACGUCAGCUAACGAUGGAGUUUCUGCAGAGCAGAUGUGAAGAAGACCGACUGAUCUGAAACUUCCACGCCUCUUGUGUUAGAGAAGCUGAGGGAUCACCUCCUGGCGGCGGUUUCAGGUUUCUCCGCCUCGGGCAGUCUUCUGUUUACACAGACACACUUGGGAUCAGAGUCUGCUCGUCUGCCGUCGGAUUCAUAAAUGGUUCCAUGGAGGCCUUUCCUCAGCCAGUACCUGCGAUGGUCCAGCACCGGGACCCAAGCCUUCGUCCUGUCAGUCGUCACGUUCUGCGUGCUUCUUCCUCUGUGCUGCCAGCACCUGCUCUACUCCUACUACUUCCUGCGGUUCAUGUACCUGGAAUCCAUGAGCGAUGGCGCCCUGCGCGACAGCCUCGACCAAGGUCAGGAGGCUCUGCGCUUCUGGCAGAGCAGCUCCGCCCAUGCCACCUCACCCAGCUUCAAGGACUUGAGCCAAAAUCCAGAGCUGCUGGUUACCGUGGUGACAGCCAGGAGAAGGGAGGGGCAGGAUUUCCACUACCUCCUGCGGGUGAUGCGGCAGCUGAGCGGCAUCCUUGCCAGCUGUGGGCAGGUCCGAUGUGCUGAGGUGCUGCUCUGCGACGUGGAGAGCAGCCCCAUGGAAAACGAGGACGCCACGCUGCUGGAGAACCACUUCACGGUGAUCCGGCGCUCCUCCUCCGAGGAGCAGCAGAACCCCCGGGAGCAAGUGAACACCUUUGAGAAGGAGAAGCGGGACUAUGUCUUCUGUCUCCGGAAGGGAUGGGAGCUGGUGAGGCCCAAAAAUGUGAUUGUCCUGGAGGAUGAUGCUCUGCCCAGACAGGACUUCUUCAAAGUUGUGAAGGACCUGCUGUCCCGCCGGUUUGCCCUCCAGACGCUCUACAUCAAGCUUUACCAUCCGGAGAGGCUGCAGCGGUACUUGAACCCAGAACCGUACCGGAUCUUGGAAUGGGUGGGGCUGGGGUUGGUCUGUGCCUCCGUUUUCCUCUACCUGUUGCCUUACUGGAAUCCUUUCUCUCUCUCCUUCACGCUGUCACCCAUCCACCUCCUCUUCUUCACCCUCUACUUCAUGGCUGCUGCUGAGCUGCUGGGGAGGCACUACCUCUUAGAGGCGCGUCGAAUCUCCCCCCAGCUCUACGCCGUCUCCCCAGCCACGGAGUGCUGCACCCCCGCCAUGCUUUUCCCCGGUAACUCCUCGCUCCGGGUGGCAGAGUUCCUGGACAACUCCUUCUGCUACAGAGGGAACGCCAAAGACAUGGUUCUGUAUCAGAUGGCCCGGACCUUACCCGGGGAGUGGUCGCACAGCGUGGAGCCCAACCUCGUCACUCACAUCGGAGCCUAUUCUUCAGUCAGACCCAACCCGGUCAAGCCCAAACUCCUCUGACAGAACCUGAGGAAGGCGACACCACUUUGUAAUUUUAAGGUUUGCAGAUCGAGUUUUUUUUUUAUUUUCCCAGAGUUGUUUUGAAAUUUUUACAAAUCACAUCUGAAAAUUUGGAAGCAGAAAAGUUUACUGAACUUUAGGAAACCACAAACUCUUGACUCUUCUGGAAAUGUUCUUCACUAGCAGCUCAUUAGAAGGAAUCAGUGAGGUUUGAAAUCUUUAUGCUGUAACUCUUUGAUAAUCAUUUGAAGGAAUUUUCUGUUCAGCUUUUCUGGAAUUUUCUUUAAAACCAUGUGUUUCUUAAAUGUUAAGUUAUCGCAUUGAACCGAUAAAGCAUCACUUUGAAUUUUUUUCUUAAUGCUAAUGCACAUUAUACGUUUUUGCAUGAUAACUAGUGAUUGAUAAAAUAUGACUGUAGGAUAUUAUGGAUCAUAGGCCAUAAGGAAUGUAAAUCUGAUGAGAUUUAAGGCUUUUCCCCCCUAAAAAGUCACUUUACAGAACAGGGACAUGUGACGCAUAAAACACUGCCACACUGCUUUAUCGAACAAUACUGUCAGCACUUUAAAGUUUAUGCAACAACGUGACAAAACCUGUUUUAACUCUCCAACACUUUCCUGUCAGCCUCAGGAGCUGCAGUAGAAGGAGAAGCUGCUAAACUCCUUAAAUGAGCCUCAAGAUCAAGGAGGAUGAAACUGAAAAAGUAAAAUUAAUCCUUUUUUUUCUUUUUAACAAAAUGCUUAAUUAAAUCCUUAAAUAAGAAGUAAAACAUUAGAAAAAGCUUAAAAAUGUCUCCCAAAUAUGGUAAUGAACAACACAAAUAUUGUAGAUUUGGUUAAGAUAUAAACUCAAAAUUAGGCUAAAAUGAAAUUAAGAUUACAGAAAAAAUCUAAUUCCAUCAAAACAAAAUACAUUAAAACAAAUAGAUGUAAAAAAAAAGGCUAAAUUAAAGCUAAACAAGAAGCUUCAAAAUCUCAACUACUAAAGUAAAUGCUUCCUCUUAAAUUAUUAGAAAUAUUCUUUCUUGAUGACAUAACAAUAGUUUGACCAAAACAUUAAAACAUUGCAACCAUUUUCUUUUUUUUUAAUUCUUCAGGCAGCUGUUUUACUUUUUCUUUACACCGCACAAAACUAUAAUAUUUUAUGGUCCAUGAUCUUUCUCAUAACUACUACAUUGCUUUCCUUAUAUGUGCAAAGAAGCUAAAGGAUUUUCUCUUUAUUGUUUUUUUGGAGUAAUCUUUCUCUCAAAAUAAGAGACAGGUUCUAUUAUGAUACGUGUUUGGACUCCACACUUUCUGAUUGUUUUUUCCUUGUAUGAAUAUGAAAGAAAAACGCCAAAGUGCCCAAAGUUUUGGUUUAUUAAAAGAAUAAACUACAGAGAAAACUGUUAAUUUAUCACUGAAUGUGCCUCUGAUGUUUUGACUUUCUGUGAAAUUAUCUUCAAGAUUUAUUAAUAAAAAGCUUAAGAGUUG